UGUGUAGCGUGUGUAUUUUUUAAAAUAAAGUUAUAAUGAUUUGUGUAGAUUUAGAAAAACUCUUUGUGCUUUUUUUUAUUUGUGCAGUUUUUUUGUACGCACUCUGCCAUGUAGUUUUAUUCUUAUACUCGGUCAUUGUUGUAUUUUUGACAUUUAUUUAUAAUCAUUUUUAUAAACGCGAAGAACACGGCGUGAAUUCAACAACAGCGUCUCUGUCUCCAUCUGAUAUACCUUGAUUUUUUAAAAAUAUAAUUAAUACUUUUUUUCGGCUAAAUUAAACAAAAUUAUUCAGUAUCAUUUUUUACCCUCAAAGACUCUAGACGCAUAAAAAAUGGAUUUUCCCGAUUCUUUGUGUUAUUUAAUAAUUAAAGAUUUGGACGAAAAACGCAAAUCUCUAUACGAAAUGACAAAAAAUAUUUAUACAUCGCCCAAUCUACACGACAUAGUGUUGGGUACAAAACACGGACAGAUAUUAUAUUCGCACAAAACAAUAUUAUAUAGCAUAUCUGAAUACUUUAAGAAUUUUUUCGACAAGGCGUCUACUGAAUUGGAAAAGGCCUAUUGCAAAUUGCCUGAUUUUGUCAAUUACGAGCAGUUGCGAAUUUUAUUAAAUUUUGUAUACACUGGAGAAUGUUGCAUACAAAAAAGUGACGUAAGAGGUUUAUACGCAUUGGCAGUGUUUUUACAAUACGACAGACUUGUUUUUUUAAUGGAAGAACAAUGCAGCCAACACAUACCAGAUAUAAAGCUCAACAGUGUUGCCGAUGCGCCCUCCAUUAUAGGUUCUUCUUCCGACAGCGAUCCUGUAAAUAAGGAAGUUGUGGGAGACCUUCAAGGUGAGUUAAAGCAGGAAUGUUUAAUACCUCAGCAGCAACAACAACAGCCAGAGCCAGAGCCCUCCGACAAAACCCGUUUUCUUAACGACGUGUCGGCGAAUAGCAAAAGCGCAGACAUAACACCAUUGUCGAAUAAAUACUCUUCAUAUACCUUUUUUUUCGAAUGUUUACACUGCAAUCUAUCAUUUUCGUUUUGGGACGAUUGGAACAAGCAUUUCAUCGCGACGCAUGCCAAUUCGCCAAAUUUGGAAAUUGACCAUGCAGAAACCGGAGCAAAACACUAUUAUAGAAGAAUAUAUUCUUGUACUAAUUGUAAUAAACGUUAUACUAGUUCUUCUGCCGUAAAAAUUCAUUAUAGAAAUCAUACGGGCGAACAACCUUUUGAAUGUGAAUUUUGUAAUAGAAAAUUUACCAGCUCUGGUAAUCUUAAAAGACAUUUCAAUUAUUGUAAAAACGUAUAAAAAUCCGAUUGAAAUUAUUCGUCAGAUAAAAAUAAUCUUAUUGAUGAAGAGAAAUAUGGAAAAAAAUAAAGUACCAAUUGUCAUUAU